AUGGCAGCUAUCACGGACCUCUCCUUUAUGUACCGCUGGUUCAAGAACUGUAAUCUGGUCCGCAACCUCUCGGACAAGUACGUCUUCAUCACGGGCUGUGACUCGGGAUUUGGGAACCUCCUGGCCAUGCAGCUGGUUGAUCGGGGCAUGCGGGUGCUGGCUGCUUGCUUCACUGAGGAGGGGGCCCAGAAGCUUCAGCAGGAUACCUCCUACCAGCUGCAGACCACCCUAUUGGAUGUCACCAAGACUGAGAGCAUCAAAGCAGCAGCCCAGUGGGUGAGGGACCAAGUGGGCGAGCAAGGCCUCUGGGCCCUGGUGAACAACGCUGGUGUAGGCCUGCCCAGUGGUCCCAAUGAAUGGCUGACCAAGGAAGACUUUGUGAAGGUGAUCAACGUGAACCUGGUGGGACUGAUCGAAGUGACUCUCCAUAUGCUGCCCAUGGUCAAGAAAGCCCGGGGCAGGGUUGUCAACAUGUCCAGCUCUGGUGGCUGUGUGGCUAUCAUUGGUGGCGGCUACUGCGUCUCCAAGUUUGGCGUCGAGGCCUUCUCUGACAGCAUCAGGCGUGAGCUCCACUACUUCGGGGUGAAAGUCAGCAUCAUUGAGCCGGGGAACUACCGGACAUCCAUUCUGGGCGAGAAGAACAUGGAGGGCAUUGAGAAGAGCAUGUGCAAGCUGUGGGAGCGGCUGCCUCAGGAGACCCGCGAGAGCUAUGGAGAGGAGUACUUCCAUACCUAUACUGACAAGUUAAAGAACACAAUGCAGCUGGCAGAGCCAAGGAUCAGCCAAGUCACCAACAGCAUGGAGCAUGCUAUUGUUUCCCGGAACCCCCGCAUCCGCUACCACCCUGGCCUGGAUGUCAAACUCCUCUACCUCCCCUUGGCUAAGUUUCCCACCCCUGUGACAGAUUUCAUCCUGAGGCGGUACCUUCCAAGGCCAGCAGACAGUGUCUGA